AUGCCUACUGCUACGGAGUUCUUUGGCCUGACCAUUACCAAUUUUGGUCCUCUCACUACAACUUAUACUCCUCCACCCUCAUGCACCGCAGGGACAACCGACCACUUGUUGUACGCUAUCAGUAACGCGACGACUAUUCUUCAUGGCUCUCCAACGUGCGACCGUGAUCCAAUUGGAGAUUGCAUACCUGAGGGUUCCUCCUAUGACGCCCUGACCUCCAAGAUUUCCAAUGCAUGGGACCUGGGUUUCCUCAACUACCAUUCGCCCGGUGUCCAUUGUCCUAAAGGUUGGACGACAGCUGCUGUACUCGAAAAUGGUGAAGGGGCGGCAUCUGAAGUAAAAAGCGGUGUCUUCACCAACACCGAUACACGAUUCGAGACACCCAGCGAUCCAGAUGAUCCAUCAGUUCUUGGCCCGAAUGAGAUCUGGCCACGACUCCUGGAACCGUCCGAAACACUUGUUUAUUGUUGCCCAAGUGGAUGGACCCCUAAUGUCUGGGGAAUUUGUAUCACUUCCAUCGAAUCCCUCGAUCCAGCCAAGUACACUGGUAUUUGUGUCCGAGAAUACGGUACUAACUUCCCCGAUUGGAAGGUUGUCCACACAGCUGAAGGAGAGCCGGUGUCCAACACCGCUGGUGUCAUUUCUGGCGUUCCUUUCACAGGUACAUUCACCGAGAAUCUGGAAAAGAUCACGGAUUUUCUUGAAGGAGAUAGCUAUACUUCUACGCUUGUUGUCGUCAAGACGCUGCCUGCUGUUGCGUUGGUACACCAUCUUUCGGAUCUCGAGGCCACUGCAAUGAGUACUUCGGAUGUGAAGGAGACUGAGACUGGUGGGAGCGAUGGAGAUGAUCAGCCUGGGGAAGUCGGCGAGAAUGGAAGCGCGGCGUCGAACUUAUCAAAAACCGCAGGACUUGCACCUGUUGUUGCCGUUCUCGUUGGAUUGUUUACUGGAAUCGGACUUUUGGCACCGUGGUAA